AGGUGGGGGCCGGGAGCGCAAAUGGCGUUGAGAUGGUUCAGGGCCCUGUUCAAACUCCAGCGCUGACCAUUCACCGGCGGAAGCGGCGGCGCAGGAGGUGGCGGCGGCCCAGCGGGGGCACGUAGCGGGCUCCGGUACCGGUUCCGGCGGUGACGGCCCAGGAGGCCUAGUCCCGGGCCCGGCCGGCGGCGGUCAAGGCGGGGAGGGAAGUUGCGGGGUCGCCGCCUCCACCCCCCAGCCCCCUCCGGUUUCCUAUUUACCGAAAUCGGAGCCCCUGGUUUGGACGGUGGCGGACCUCGCUCCCUCAUCCCCCUUCCUCGCUUGGCGCACCAGCCGGCCCUGCUCUCCCGCGCGGGGCUCCCGCGCCCGUCCGUGGGCCGUUGGGAGCGGGAGAGGCGGAGGCGGCCCGAGGCCAAAGCACCCGCCAGGCGCCGAGGAGAAUAUGAAACAGGUGUCAAAAUGACAUCCAGAUUUGGGAAAACAUACAGUAGGAAGGGAGGAAAUGGCAGUUCAAAAUUUGAUGAAGUCUUUUCCAACAAACGGACCACCCUUAGCACAAAAUGGGGAGAGACCACAUUUAUGGCUAAAUUAGGGCAGAAGAGGCCCAAUUUCAAGCCAGAUAUCCAAGAAAUCCCGAAGAAACCUAAAGUGGAAGAAGAAAAUACUGCUGGGGAUCCUUUUGGAUUUGAUAGUGAUGAUGAAUCUCUACCAGUUUCUUCAAAAAAUUUAGCCCAGGGUAAGGGUUCCUCAUAUUCAGAAUCUAGUGAAGCUGCUGAGCUGGAAGACAUCACGUCUGUACUUGAAGCUAAUAGCAAAAUUUGUCAUUCAGUGGGUGAAGACAGUGUUGAAUCUGAUAAAUGCAUACCUUUGGAGGAUACUCUUGUUGGAAAAGAAAGGAGCACAAACCGUGUCUUAGAAGGUGACGCAAGCAAAAGUAGCUGUCCUAAAUUAAUAACUUCAGGUAAAAUGGAGAAUUUUAGUGAUGAACAUGAAAAGAAUAGUCACCAUAUUUAUAAGAAUGCCGAAGACAGGAGUAAGAAACCCAGUGCAGAACCUGCAGUGAGUUCUGGAUACAAAGGUGAUGAAAUCAAGGAAACAACAAACGAUACUUGGAACUCGCAAGUUGGGAAAAGGUCAGAAUCUCCAGAAGUAUCUCCAGUUAAGGGAUCUGUAAGAACUGGUUUGUAUGAAUGGGAUAAUGAUUUUGAAGAUAUCCGAUCAGAAGAUUGUGUAUUAAGUUUGGGUAGCGAUCAUCUUCUGGAGAUGAAGGAUGAGGAUUUAAAAAUGCGAUUGGAGAAUCUCAAUGAAGCCAUUGAAGAAGACAUUGUGCAAAGUGUUCUUAGGCCAAGUAACUGUAGGACGUACUGCAGGGCCAAUAAAGCGAAAUCUUCACAAGGAGCAUCAAAUUUUGACAAGCUAAUGGAUGGCACCAGCCAGGCCUUAGCCAAAGCAAACAGUGAAUCAAGUAAAGAUGGCCUGAAUCAGGCAAAGAAAGGUGGUGUAAGUUGUGGGACCAGUUUUAGAGGGACAGUUGGACGGACUAGAGAUUACACUGUUCUCCAUCCAUCUUGCUUGUCAGUUUGUAAUGUCACCAUACAGGACACCAUGGAACGCAGCAUGGAUGAAUUCACGGCAUCAACUCCUGCAGAUUUGGGAGAAGCUGGCCGUCUAAGAAAAAAAGCAGAUAUUGCAACUUCUAAGACCACUACUAGAUUUCGACCUAGUAAUACUAAAUCCAAAAAGGAUGUUAAACUUGAAUUUUUUGGUUUUGAAGAUCAUGAUGAAACAGGAGGUGAUGAAGGAGGUUCUGGGAGUUCCAAUUACAAAAUUAAAUAUUUUGGAUUUGAUGAUCUCAGUGAAAGUGAAGAUGAUGAUGAUGAUGACUGUCAAAUGGAAAGGAAGGCCAGCAAAAAAAGAACUAAAGCAGCACCAUCGCCCUCCUUUCAACCUCCCCCAGAGAGCAAUGAUAAUUCCCAGGACAGUCAGUCAAAUACAAAUAAUACAGAAAACUUGGAUUUUACAGAGGACUUGCCUGGUGUGCCUGAAAGUGUGAAGAAGCCUCCAAAUAAACAAGGAGAUAAAUCAAAGGAUAAUACCAGAAAGAUUUUUAGCGGCCCCAAACGGUCUCCUACAAAAGCUGUAUAUAAUGCCAGACAUUGGAACCACCCAGAUUCAGAAGAACUACCUGGGCCACCAGUAAUAAAACCUCAAAGUGUCACAGUGAGGCUGUCUCCAAAGGAACCAAAUCAAAAAGAUGAUGGCGUUUUUAAGGCUCCUGCACCACCACCCAAAGUGAUAAAAACUGUGACCAUACCAACCCAACCCUACCAAGAAAUUGUCACUGCACUGAAGUGCAGAAAAGAAGACAAAGAGUUAUACACUGUUGUUCAGCAUGUAAAGCACUUCAAUGACGUGGUGGAAUUUGGUGAAAAUCAAGAGUUCACUGAUGACAUUGAAUACUUACUAAGUGGCUUAAAGAGCACUCAGCCUCUAAACACACGUUGCCUUAGUGUUAUUAGCUUGGCUACUAAAUGUGCCAUGCCCAGUUUUCGAAUGCACCUGAGAGCACAUGGGAUGGUAGCAAUGGUCUUUAAAACCUUGGAUGAUUCCCAACACCAUCAGAAUCUGUCCCUCUGUACAGCUGCCCUCAUGUAUAUAUUGAGUAGAGAUCGCUUGAACAUGGAUCUUGAUAGAGCUAGCUUAGAUCUAAUGAUCCGUCUUUUGGAACUGGAACAAGAUGCCUCAUCAGCUAAGUUACUGAAUGAAAAGGACAUGAACAAAAUUAAGGAAAAAAUCCGAAGAUUGUGUGAAACUGUACACAACAAGCAUCUUGAUCUAGAAAAUAUAACGACUGGGCAUUUAGCUAUGGAGACCUUACUGUCCCUUACUUCCAAGCGAGCAGGAGACUGGUUUAAAGAAGAACUACGCCUUCUGGGUGGCUUGGACCACAUUGUAGAUAAAGUAAAAGAAUGUGUAGAUCAUCUAAGUAGAGAUGAGGAUGAAGAGAAAUUAGUAGCCUCGUUAUGGGGAGCAGAGAGAUGUUUACGAGUUUUAGAAAGUGUAACAGUGCAUAAUCCAGAGAAUCAAAGCUACUUGAUAGCAUAUAAAGACUCACAACUUAUUGUUUCGUCAGCUAAAGCAUUACAACAUUGUGAAGAGUUGAUUCAGCAGUACAACCGUGCUGCAAACAGUAUAUGCCUACCUGACAGUAAGCCUCUGCCUCUCCAGAAUGUAACUAGCCAUGUGGGCAAAGCAGUGGAAGACUGCAUGCGGGCCAUCAUUGGGGUUUUGCUCAAUUUAACUAAUGAUAAUGAGUGGGGCAGCACCAAGACAGGGGAGCAGGAUGGCUUGAUCGGCACAGCAAUGAAUUGUGUGCUUCAGGUUCCAAAGUACCUACCUCAGGAGCAGAGAUUUGAUAUUCGAGUGCUGGGCUUAGGUCUGCUGAUAAACCUAGUGGAGUAUAGUGCUCGGAAUCGGCACUGUCUCGUCAACAUGGAAACCUCCUGUUCUUUUGACUCUUCCUUCUAUAGUGAAGAUGGAGAUGAUCGUUUAAGGAUAGCCGGACAAGUUCAUGCUGUUCAGGCUUUAGUACAGCUAUUCCUUGAGCGGGAGCGAGCAGCCCAGUUGGCAGAAAGUAAAACAGAUGAAUUGAUCAAAGAUGCUCCCACUACUCAGCAUGAUAAGAGUGGAGAAUGGCAAGAAACAAGUGGAGAAAUACAAUGGGUGUCAACUGAAAAGACAGAUGGUACAGAGGAGAAACAAAAGAAGGAGGAGGAGGAUGAAGAACUUGACCUCAAUAAAGCCCUUCAGCAUGCUGGCAAACACAUGGAAGAUUGCAUCGUGGCCUCAUACACAGCACUGCUUCUUGGUUGUCUGUGCCAGGAGAGUCCGAUCAAUGUGACCACUGUUCGAGAAUAUCUGCCAGAAGGGGACUUUUCAAUAAUGACAGAGAUGCUCAAAAAAUUCCUCAGCUUCAUGAAUCUUACUUGUGCUGUUGGAACCACGGGCCAGAAAUCCAUCUCUCGAGUGAUUGAGUACUUGGAACAUUGCUAGCUGCUUCCCUUUGCUUCAGGUACUCAGUAAUGCGGGGCUGCCCUUAGACAAAGAGAAGUCACGGAAGAAGCUCUUCCUGGAAGAACUAUCACGAACAGUCAUCAGUAUCAUUCGUGUUUGGAUUUCUUAAGGCCACCUGAUUUCUUCGUCAUGCAUUCUGCAUUUGCUAAAUGACAGUUACUACAUCACAAUCUGCACCUAUCAAAAAUGAGGGGAAAGGUUCAGGCUGUUAACAAUUCCAUGCAGUAUUUAAAUACACUUACUUUGGCAGAGUUUAUACCCUCCCCUUGUAUUCUUGCUAUAUUCUGGGCAAGUUUUAAGGGGAUAAUUUGUGCUGCUGUUAGUGCAACUGCUGUGUAUGUUGAGCCACUGUUGUCAUGCCAGCCAGGUGCAAAGGCAGCUUAGCUACUGAGGUAUUGAAUGUUCUGAGGACAUUCUAGACAACAGCUUAGUUCCUUUUUCAGGCUCAUUUGCUUUUGCUUUUUUGUUGUUGUUGAAUGAUUCCAAUCGUAAAUAAAGCUUUUAAUAAUUUUGUGAAUUUUUUGGCUUGUUGUUCCCUGAACUAUUAUCUAUAUUUAAAACUAGAUGGAAUCCAAAGACACAAGGGAUUAAUAGUAUAUUUUUUUAUAAUUGAUUAGGUUUGGGUUGUUGGACUAUUUUUCACUUUGGAGACCAUGAAUAUACUCAAUUUCAUAUAAUGUGUCAGUAGCUAUAGGUGCAAGAAAACAAAUUCGAAGGAAUAUAAUUAAUAUAAGGUGAUGUGCCCUCUUAAAGGAUGAAGCAAAAAUAAACAAACCCAGGGUAGUUUACACUUGAGGUCCUUGAAACAUUGUUAGGUUUUGAGGGGAAACUCUCUAAAUAUAUUUUCUAAUGUUCAGUUCGAUAAAUGUAGGGAAGCUAAAACACCAAUGUGGAAUUCAGGUUUCCAGAGAACAGGUAUGUUCUCCUAAAGAGUGACAGGAUCAGGUGCACAGUGCAAAGCCUUAAAUUGCUGGUUCGAGCAGAUCCUUUUAUUUGUUCGCCUUCUUUGCGCAUCGACCAGUGUGGUGUUUGGGAGACAGUUGUAGAACACACCAAACACUGUGUGAGUUUAAGUUCACAACAUUGCAAAUUUUUCUUGCAUUAUUCUUCUGACCACUGGUUCUACUUGAUUUUCUUUUUUUAUUUUGGCUAAAUUACAGGCUUUCCAGAGAUAAUUUCAUUAAAAACUUUAAAUACUUUACGGUAGUUACAUCAUGUUUCUUCAUUGGGUUUGUAAAACUUGAAGCCAUAAAAAUUAGUUUGGUGUGUAUUGGGGAAUAUAGCUAAAAGUCUAAUACCCAUUUAGACUUUGUUAUUUCCUUGUAUAAAGUGACAAAUCGGGGCUCUUGUAUCAGUGCCAGCUGUAAUGUUUUUUAAUGCAGUGGCUGCCUUCUAUUGUCUUCCUAUUUUUGAUAAUGCAGAUUGUUGGGAAAUCUAUAAGGAAGUAACUGAUUCCAGGCAAAUUGUUUCCUUCUUCCUUUUAAACUAUCCACCCCAACCCCUACUUACCACCUUUGAAGAACAUAGUGUGCCAGUGUAACUUUGGAAAGAUUCUAAGAUUGUAUUUGCCCUGAGAAUAAAAGCUACUUAAACAGUUUUUUUAAUGAGCCUAUCAUGAAAAUGAGAUCCUUAAGAUUACGUUACCUAACUAUAUUUUAAUGGAAAAGUACAUUGAUAUUUAUUAAUGAUUGAAUUUUAGAAAAGGAACAGACUUUGGUUAAAAAUUACUUGUGGCAGAUGGUAAGGAAUAUUACAAAAAACAUUUGGUUUAGAACAAUCAGGGCAAACUUUUUUUUUUUCUGUUACACUGGUAAUCAUUUGAAAAUUGAUUUACCUCAGUGUUUAACAGUUUUCCUUUUGUUUUUGUAAUAACUAAUUGUCAAGCACUAAUUGAGAUGCAGGUUUUGGUGUGGGGAUGGGGGAGAAAUCACCUCACAAACUGCAGUGCAUUUGUGUGUUUUUAACCCUCAGAGAACUCUGCAUUUUAGGGUACUUGAGGCUGACUUGCAAAUUAAAGUUUUAAAGUAACCUUUUUUUCCACUGUAAAUAUUUCUGUAAAUAUUGCCAAUUGGAAAUUAGAGCAGUAGAGUACUUUUCUGAAUCCAAUCCUAUUUUUAUUUUAUACAGUAUUUCUCAGCUGUGAUCUUUGGAGCAAAAGCCAACGGCAGGAAAAAAAUAGUUUGUACCAGUUUCAUGAAGUAUGUCUUUGGGUUUUUGUAAAUAAUUUUAACUCAAAUAAAAUUGCUACUUUCAAUACA